UGGAACCCAUAGUUGUCGAUCAGUUGAAAACGUCGCUUGAGGAAUAUAGGCAGCGUGUUGGUGGCGGGGCUUCUUCUUCUUCAGGGAUAAGUGCUAGGGCUAAUCUUUCCGCUCAGGGUUCCUCUUCUGUGCCUUAUGCUUUUUCUUCCAGUCGUACUAAGUCGAGUGAGGAAUAUCUAUUUGAUUCUGGCACAGAAUCAGGUGACGAUUCAAGUAGAAAUCGAAGUGAAUUUAUUAGCUUCAUGGAGGGGAUUAAAGCUUCCAUUAAGGAUGCCAGCUUGAAAAGUCGAAAGUCUAAUCAAGCUGAAGGUCUUGGGGAUCAAAAUUCUAGUGAUGAAUUUAAUACCGAGUUAAUAGUUGAAGUUAAUUCAGUUUUAGAUAAAUUGAAAACUAAUCUUUCUAAGUCUAAGAGCCAGACUUUCUCUGGUGUUGAAGAACAAGGAGAACAGGAAGCUCAGGAUCAACCAGGACUACUUUCACUUAUCGAUCGUCUCCAGACUUCGCUCGGAGGUGUCCUACUAGACCAUGAGACAGAUGAGGAAGGUGGGGAGGAUAGGCGGGCAUCUGCGUCAUGUGCUGACGGUAAGAAAAUAGUUGUUGGCAACAAAGCUGGGGAAGAGGAGGAGGAGGAGGAGGAGGAGGGUGAGGAUGAGGGGGGCGAGGAGGAAGAAGAAGAAGAAGAAGAGGAGGAAGAAGAGGAGGAAGAAGAGGAGGAGGAAGAGGAUGAUGAAGAAGAAGAAGAGUUUGAAGAAGCAAAGACCGUUAUUGAAAAUAAUGAAUGCCCCUUGAGGAACUCGAGUGGGGUAAUAAAGUCUAGCUCAGCAGGUCUGCUUCACUCUUCAUCAUAUGGUUCUUCAGGAGCUGGAAGUCCUUCAGUUGUUACAGGAGGCCUCAAGUUUACCGUUAACUUGAAUGAGGCUAAAGGUAUUGUUUUAAAAGUGGAUGAACUCAAAUCUGACAAACAGCGGAACAAGCGGUCUGAGUCGUCAGAGAGCACAGCUUCCAGAUCGGCUGCAAGUGACCGUCAGUCUUUAGAGAGACAAAAUAGUCGUAGUGAAGCAAGAGUUGUUCUUGCCUCAGCAAUUGGGAAAUGUAAGUCUCGCGAGGAGUUAGUACGACACCUCAGUACCGAUGUUGACGAUGAGGAAGAAGCACAUGAAGAUGCUGAUGAGGUUUCUACAAGGCCAUACGAUGAUGGAGAUGAGGUGUCUACAAGAGACGGCACCCCAGACAGCAGACUGAGUGACUCAGACACGACAAGAAGAAAAGACAAGAAAGAUAUUCCUUGGAAGAUUAGGGCAGCAAAAAGGCGUAUUGAGCGACCUUUGCAGACUAUCCCCAAGGAUGAGUCUGUGGCUUCCACCUCGGUGUAUUCUCACAUAGCAAGUGCUGAACUUGUCACUAAAAGGCAGAAAGAUUACAAUAACUUGUGGGGAUCAAAGCCCACACCUUAUCGUCUUCCAUUUCCUAAUGAAAGUCGUUCUGUCGGUAAUGUUUCUGACAUGAAGAAGAACUGGCAAACUCUACUACAUUCAAAUUCUUUAGAACAAGUUGGAUAUAUACACAAACCUGUACAGUCGAAAACUGCUCAAGAGUUCAAGCGAGAGUAUGGCCAUAUUGUUACAUCAUUCUCUGCAGGCAACUUGAGUCCACACAAUGUUGCACCUUGUGUACCUGAAGACCACAUCAGUGAUAAAAGUGACUCAGAUGACUCAGAUGAUGAAGGGGAGGUAUUCUCCAUUAAGCCAUAUGAAGGAAAAGUUGGAACUAAAGCCCAAUUGCCGGGAAUAUUUCACAGACAGAAUGAGUCGCAAGUUGUUAAACCAUGUGUGGUUUUCCAAAAAAUUGAAAAGCGUGAGGUGCUCAAGAAGAGUGACUACUUUAAGGAAAAAGCCUUAGAAUCUCAACCAGUUCCUGUAAAUGAAAAGAUCCAAGAGGUGAAGAAGAGGCGAGUAAGUCCUAAAAUCCAGGCACAGCAGGUAGAUGCCCCGGCUGUUCCUCCACGGCAGCAGUUUACAGCCGUGGCACCACCCAAGCGUCCUACAUCCCUAGCGAUUCAGCCAACAGUUCCUGAUUGUCGUCCUCUACAAGAAUAUUCAGUUCACAUCAAGGAGGCUUCUGUUGAGGUACCACCACCCUUACCUCAGCGAGGUGAGCAUCCACAGCCGCCACCACUUCCACAAAGAACAGAAGCUGGCCAAAUCGAAUCAGAGUAUCAGUACCACCCACCCACCACCAGUCAUGUUCACAAUGUUACUGCCUUGGUUAAUUCGAGUCAGCAUCUGUCAAGGUCCAAGUCGACUCCUGCUGCUAAUGUAACAUCUGGUCAUAUGGAAUUACGUGUUCCUUAUAGUAAUGUAGCUAGAAAUCGGAGGAAAACUUUGGAAGACACCAAGCAGCGAGUUGGUUUCACUGCAGCAGUUGCUGAAAAAACAAUAAGAACUAACCAAGUAAGUCGUAUACAUAAUUUGAUUCAGAAGCAAGUGUCUGCAGAUGUUGAGGAAACUGGUGCAAGUCAAUGGGUGAAGAAUGAGAUCUCACGGACAAAGAGUGCAGGAUCAGUUGCUGGAAUGGUUAAGAAUCUAGAUAAUUUAAAAGAUGAGUUUGAAAAUGAAGGAACUUGGAUGAUUGUACACAGUCAAGAUAAAGAAUCAAACAGGGGGGCUGGUGUUAGUGCUGGGGUAUCUGAUGACCCCAGCUCUAAACUCUUCACCCCAGAAAUGCUUGUGAAAAUUGCUGUUCACAAAGCAGCUAUUAACAAGCAGCUGAGUGUAGGUGAAGAAAAACGACGGUCAGGAAUGAAGAGAGCAAGUUCGGCAGAGGCGGGAGAAUCUCCAUCUGUGUCAGGUCGUCCUUUUAGGCGGAUGAACACGGUAGGUGGCCCAGAGACAGUGGCUAUUGAACACAGGAACACCGUGUGGCAGGGUGUGCAUGAUCACGCCAAGCAACAACAAAUAUUAAAGAGGAAGCAAGAGGAAGAGGAAGAAAGAAGACAGGAUUUACAAAGGAUACAGCAACUACAGCACCAGCAGCAGUUACAGGAACAACAACAAAACUUGCACAAGCAACAGGCACUACUACUACAACAACAACAAGUACAAAGGCAAGAAGAAGUAAAUAGACAGGAAGAGUUGAAGAGACAGGAAGAGAUAAAGAGACAAGAAGAGAUAAAGAGACAGGUAGAGAUAAAGAGACAGGAAGAGAUAAAGAGACAAGAAGAGAUAAAGAGACAGGUAGAGAUAAAGAGACAGGAAGAGAUAAAGAGACAGGAAGAGAUAAAGAGACAGGAAGAGAUAAAGAGACAGGAAGAGAUAAAGAGACAGGUAGAGAUGAAGAGACAGGAAGAGAUAAAGAGACAAGAAGAGAUAAAGAGACAAGAAGAGAUAAAGAGACAGGAAGAGAUAAAGAGACAAGAAGAGAUAAAGAGACAGGUAGAGAUAAAGAGACAGGUAGAGAUAAAGAGACAGGAAGGGAUAAAGAGACAGGAAGAGAUAAAGAGACAGGAAAAGAUAAAGAGACAGGAAGAGAUAAAGAGACAGGAAGAGAUAAAGAGACAGGAAGAGAUAAAGAGACAGGAAGAGAUGAAGAGACAGGAAGAGAUAAAGAGACAGGAAGAGAUAAAGAGACAGGAAGAGAUAAAGAGACAGGAAGAGAUAAAGAGACAGGAAAAGAUAAAGAGACAGGAAGAGAUAAAGAGACAGGAAGAGAUGAAGAGACAGGAAGAGAUAAAGAGACAACAAGAAUUAAAAAAGAGACAGGAUGAAUUAAAACUACAGGAGGAAGUACAUAGACAAUUGGCAUUACACAAAGAAGAAGAACAGCAGAAAGAAGCACAGCAGCAGGAAUUACAGAGACAACAAGAGUUACAGAGGCAACAGGAAGGAUUACAGCAACAGAUACAAAAGCAACAAGAACAGAUUCGUCAACAGCAAGAGCUGAUCAAGCAACAGCAGUUAUUGCUUCAACAACAACAAUUUCAACAGCAAACUCAAGCUUUAACUCCAUCCUCGGCCAAGAUUGAGAGGCAAUCCUCCCUCCCACAACAACAGAGUGGUGUGCACCAGCCUGGAAAGCCUCUAAGUGCAGUACAACAAGCAGUGAUGGAGGAAACUUCUGGAUCAACUUCAACAUUUACACAACAGGUACAGAGAGGUCAGCAGACGGGUACCAGCAGUGAUGGUCAAGAGACAGUGCGAUUAGGUCGUCGACCCACCAGAGUGCCACUCAAGAGGCAGGGUAGUGUGGAAGGUGCAGCAGGGCUGGUGACCGCCGCACUCACACGACACCAGUCUCGCGAGGAAUUGGUGCGUCAGAGGAGUCUUUCUGCCUCGGGCAGGACUGCCAGCCAGAGCUCACAAGGGCAUGGUUCAAAUCCAGAUCUGGAGGACUAUUUUGGUGACUGUGAUACUGAAGUGAACGAUGAUGAAGUGUUCACUGGUGACAUCACUCAACAUAGGGUACAUCAUGUUAGUGCCAUGCAAAUUGCCACCAGUUCUGAUAUUAAUAAUAGUGCAAUAGAAGUUUCAAAAACUGCUGUAGUUCCUGCACUCGUCAACAGUCCACCUGCUUACGUAGUGGCACAGCCGUUUUCUAAAAUUCCUCCAGAAAAGUCUGGUCUUCGUCGUGUACAGAGCCAGCGAAGCCCACCUGGUCAGGAAGUAAGCAAAGUGACGUGUCCUGAGAUGGAUCGUGUCAAGAGUUACUCUAUCUCUUCACUACCUGAGAGGGUUCACUCUCCACCCCAGAAGACUAAAGUAAGAGCUUUCCAGAAGAACUUCUCCUUUGAUAAUGUAUCAUUUGGUACUCAGAGUUCUUCAGUAUCAUCACUGCCAGACUCUCCUAAGCUCACACAGAGCCCAGAACCGAUUCGCAAAGGCAUUUUUGGGGGUCGAUCAGUGUCCAUGUCGGAAAGUGACAGAACCAAGAGUUCAUCCAUAACAUGUUUAAGUGAUCAUGGAAGUCAAGCACAACAUAGUUCAAGUACAGUAAGAACUGGUUUUAGUGGUUCGGUAUUCAACCCAGCCACACGAGACAACGUUCGGGUGAAAAGCUCUUCUUUCUCUGCCCUUCAGGAACCCUCACAAGUCAAGCCUCCUGUACAGAGUAUUGGCUUCCAGAAUGCUGUGCUCGGCCAAGUCACACAGUCUUUGAAGAAUGUUAAGAGCCAAGAAACUAAAGAAAAUCAAACAUUCCCACAAAACAAGCCUUGUUCAGAUAUCCAGCGAGUCUCAAAAUUUGGCAAUACCUCUACUCCAGCUUCAGGAAAGUUGAAGGCUUCAGACUAUGUGGUGCCUCCUCUGCCAACCACUGCAAUGCGACAGCAACAUCUACGAGAACAACAACAGCAACAAAAAGUGUCCCACUGGGGCAGUGUUCCUGAUAACUCUACAAAACUAAAAGCUUCCGACUUUAAUGUUCCUCCUCUUCCAACUACCAGUUUUUCUCCUCAACAUGGAGUGUCUCGGUGGGGCAGCGUGCCAGACUCUGUUUCCAGAACCAAAGCCACAGACAUCUCAGUUCCUCCUCUACCCUCCUCUAGUAUUCGUGGGCGUCUUAACUCUGCCCCAAGUCAGGAUGCCAGAGUUGCCACCCAACACCCUACAAUGUCACCUUCAAGUAACAAGAACAUUUCCUCGUCAGGAAAUAAAUUUGAACAGGCAGCAACUACCUCAAACACAGCGCUCAUAAGUGCAGGAGACACCAACACCAACUCUUCCUCCACUGUUUCUCCCUUCGGCGUCUCCCGCACCAGUGGCUCCAGUCAAGUGAAUGUUCAAAAGAGUUCCUACUCCACGAGCUUCUCCUCCUCCUCCCUAAACAAAACUGACAGCAAAAAGGUUGUGUCUCCUUUUGAUAAGUUCAAGCAAUUGGAUGCACAGACUUCCCCCCGCCCCGCCAGCUCUAAGUCGAAGUCUGCGGGUGGUGGCCCACUUUUCCAAUUAUCCAGUCAACUGAGUCGCAGCGCCUCUGGGGUGAAGGAUAUGCUGCUGACGUGGUGCCAGUGCCGCACCCGCGACUAUAAGGGAGUAAAGAUUGAGAACUUCAGCACAAGUUGGAAUGAUGGUAUGGCCUUCUGCGCUCUGAUCCACCAUUACUACCCAGAUGCAUUCGACUUUGAUAAACUUGACGCAAAGAAUCGUCGUUACAACUUUGAACUUGCUUUCCGAGUGGCAGAUGAAAAAGCUGGUAUUAUGCCCCUCCUAGAUGUUGAUGACAUGGUCAUGAUGAAGAAGCCAGACUGGAAGUGUGUCUUCACUUACGUCCAGAGUCUCUACAAGCGUCUCAAGGACGAAUAAGUAUGGCACUUAGAAUAAAAACUAAUGACACAAAGGAAUUUUUAUAUCAGUUUUAUAAUAAAGAGUUUCCAACUCAUUUUCUAGUACAUAUACAGUAAUUCGGAAGAUGAGUCCCAUGGACUUAUGGCAUAAAUCAUAUAGAGUUUAGUCUUAAAUGUGUCGUAGCUUCCAUGACAAGUGGUAGCAAGCAGGUGACCAUGUCAUGUGCACCCUGGAGCGUCUGUAACCAUUUUAUACGUAGUAGUUGUCCUGUAGCGUAUCUGUACUUCACUAUUUCUUAGAUCUGAUAAAAAUACCACUCUAGUUAUGUGUUUACCUUAUUUAUUUAUUUAUUUCUUCUCCAUACUUUUCUGGGACCAAAUUUACAAACAGUCAUGAAGUCAAGUGUGUUUCAACAUGACUGAACAGUUUAGAAUAUGAAAAUAGUUAAUGAAAUACAAUAUAAGAAUGUAGACUGAGGCAGUAUUGGAAAUUAUUCAAAUUUCCAGAGCGUUAGAGGCCAUAUCAAUGAUUUCAAGUGUGCUGACUGAGUUAUGGAAGUACCAUGGGAGAUUCACCAGUUUGAAAGAAUUUCAGCAUUGUCUCAUCAUAUACUGGUAUACAUUAUUGCAUAUAAAAUUAUUACACAUUAUUGCACAGUCUGAAAAACUAUAAAUUGGUGAAUAUCCCAAAAUCUGGUUCUGAAAAUUAUUUGUUUUAUAAACUAGUUUGAGAAUCUUGUAUGUUAUACUUCAAGUUGCUGUAAGAAGUAUACAAUCACAUGUGAACAGUAGUAGUAGUACAGUAGUAGUAACAAACUUGCUCCCACAUUUAUCUAACAUUUGUGUUAUACAAAGUUCUCAUAAUACAGAGCUCAAUAUAUUUGUCUGCAAAGAUAUAUCUUUAGUUUUAGCAUCAUUGAAAUGAAUAACCAUUACUAGGGUUAGGGUGAUGCUUAUUAUAUCAGGCUAUAAUAUAUUAUGUUUUAUUUCUGAACGUGGUGAUAAAGUUGCUGCUAGAAUAGUCUCUUAGGAUUUUACUGUGUUUCAAUCUACCAUAUCCUGAUGCUUAUAUCUUCCCUUAGAUUUAUUGGAAAAUUGUUUAUACUACACAUUAUGUCUUGCUUGUUCAUAAUACUACAUAAUCUAUCUUGCUUGCAGAAAUUACUAUUGAAAGUUUCUGUCAGCAUGCACAAUUUUAACCUAAAUUAAACAACUUUAUUCCUUCUUAAAUCACACAGCCGGGAGUGGUCAUUCAUAUUACCUUUCACAGCUAAAUCUAGUAAUUUGUGCUGUGAUAUUAUUGUGACAUAAUUUGGUGCCAAUCAAUGUCUUAAUAGACAAGUCUGUCAGUGGACAGUUUAUAUUAAGAUGAAUUUUUAAUGCUUCUAUGUUAGUAUAUCAAAGGGAACGUAGGACUUGCAGUGUGUUGGGUCUCGGUUGUCUUUUUUUUUCUUUUUUUUUCUUUUGUAUAAAGAGACGAUGAUGGCAUCAGUUCCCAUAGUUUUACAAGAUAUAUUUUAUGUAUGUAACAUGUUUCAUAAAGUUAUUUCUAACCCAUUUCAUAUCUUAAUGAAGAUUCUGGCUUCAAAUAUAUCAUAGUCUUUCUUGUUGUAGGUAAGAAGGAUAUUAAAAAAUGUUAGUGAUACAAACUUGUGUGCUUAACCAUAAUACUGUAUGCUACUUCCACGCUUACAGAGCCUCACUCAUAAAAACUUCUGGUAGAAUAAAUGUCAAUAAAGUAAA